GGUUUGAUCAGUGUGUCAGGUGUUGUCUAAUGAUGAUCUGUCUCUAUGUCAAGAAGAAGAAGCUCAAAAAGAAAGAUGCCAAAGCUGGAAGCAUUGAAGAAGACCUGGAGUACCGGCGGUUUCUGGAGAGCUACUCCUGUGACGAGGAGAAGUCCAUGGCCAACCCUGAAACCCUGCUGGGAGAGAUAGAGGCCAAGACAAAGAAACUCAUAGCCAAAAGAACAACACCUCUUCGGGAGUACAUCAAGAAUAAGAAACUUGAGAAGCAGAGGAUAAGAGAGGAGAAGAGAGAGGAGCGGCGAUGCAGGGAGCUGGAGAAGAAACGCCUGAGGGAGGAGGAGAAGAGGAAGAGGAGGGAGGAGGAGAGGCGCAAACGCGAGGCGGAUAAACAGAAGAAACUAUCAGAGAAGGAGAUAAAGAUCAAGCUCCUGAAGAAGAGUGACCGGGACGAUGACGUGGACUCCGACAGGCUCAAGGACAAAGGAGACAGUGGGGACACAGAGAGGGCCAAGUGGGACAAACCCAGUGGACACAUGAAGUCAAAGGAAACCAAGGACAAGGUUCCGAUGGAGAGCGAUAAGGAACAGAGAGAGCAUGGCCGCAGGCAGAGAGACAAAGACCACAGAAGAAGAGACGAGGAGAGAAAACGACAGCGCCACCACUACGAGUUCGACAAGUUCAUGCGGUGCAAGGAGGAGACCAAGUGGGGUAAAGGCUACUGCCAAGACCGGGCCAAGAAAGAUGGCCACCACCACAGCUCCUAUUCCUACUGCCCCAACACGGGCGACAAGGAGGACAGAGAGGACAUUGGCGGUAGCAGGAAGGACCGUGUCUGGAACAAGGUGAGCGACAAGUCUGUGUUAGCCUAUCAGGACAGAGGGACGUCCCAGUCAGAGGGGCCACACCAGAUAGGAGGACCUCUGCCAAACAAGGACCGGCCUGCCAUGCAGCUCUACCAGCCAGGCGCUCACAAUCGCAAGCGCAUGGGCUCUGCGAUUAAAGGUUAUGAGCUCCCCGUCAGCCACUCGCCGGAACACGGGCCGGCGGACCGCUGCUACGAGGCCAUCGCCAUGGGAACAGGCUCGGAAAUGAGCGGCGACAAGUAGUCCAGUCUGUCUGCUCUGAUAUGCCUUUCACAUUCUUUAUGCCUAUAGAGCUCCCCCAGCUUCUAGUCCUAAAAAACGGAAAUGAGUUACCUCUGGUUCGUUCAGCCAUUCCUAUGGGCAAAAUGAAUGGGGAAAGA